GACAAUAAUAAUACUUACAACUUUUGCCUCAAAUUCUCAACUCUUACAGAUGCUCUGUCUCAAUCUCUUGUCCCUCUAAUUCAUCCUCCUGUCUUUCUUCCAAGCUACUUCUCCUCUGCUUUCGUAUUUGUUCCGUUAAUCAAAGUUUCUAUUUAUAUAAGCAAGAUUUUGAGAGGUGCGUGAGAGAUAGAAACAGAGAGUAAUGGCGAACAGAGAUGUGGAGAGAGGUGGGAAGCAAAACAGAGGAGUUCAUAACAACAACAACUAUUUCUAUGACGAAAGCUCCCGCAACACUCACUGGACUCCAUGGCUGGUCCCGGCGAUCGUUGUGGCGAAUCUCGCCGUCUUUAUCGCCGUUAUGUUCGUUAACGACUGUCCUAAGAAAAUCAACGGACCAAACAAAGCUUGCGUCGCUAGGUUCCUCGGAAGAUUCUCGUUUCAGCCACUUAGAGAGAAUCCUCUGUUCGGCCCAUCUUCUUCUACAUUGGAGAGAAUGGGAGCAUUGGAGUGGAGGAAAGUAGUACAUGAGCAUCAAGGAUGGAGACUCGUCACUUGUAUGUGGCUACACGCUGGUAUCAUUCAUCUUCUUACCAAUAUGUUGAGUUUGAUCUUCAUCGGUAUCCGCCUUGAGCAGCAGUUUGGCUUCAUAAGGGUCGGGCUUAUCUACUUAGUAUCUGGUUUCGGUGGAAGCAUACUCUCGUCUCUCUUCCUUCAAGAAAGUAUCUCUGUUGGUGCUUCUGGUGCUCUCUUCGGACUUCUUGGAGCUAUGUUAUCUGAACUUCUCACCAAUUGGACUAUCUAUGCCAACAAGGCGGCUGCUCUUGUCACACUCCUAUUCAUCAUAGCAAUCAACUUAGGACUAGGCUUGCUGCCUCGGGUUGACAAUUUCGCGCACAUUGGAGGGUUCUUAACCGGGUUAUGCCUCGGGUUUAUCCUCCUUGUCCGGCCACAGUACGGCUGGGAAGCUUCCCGCACCAACACUUCCGUUACCAAACGCAAGCAUAGCAUGUACCAGUACGUGCUGUUCGUAGUCGCAGCGGUUCUACUUGUGGUUGGGUUAACUGUUGGAUUGGUGAUGCUUUUCAAAGGAGAGAAUGGGAACAAGCAUUGCAAAUGGUGUCAUCGCCUCAGCUGUUUCCCUACUUCUAAAUGGACCUGUUAAUCAUCAUCAUCAUCAUCAUCAUCAUCAUACUUUGUAACCUUCUUAUAUGUGUUCUUGUAAUAUCUUGGUUUCUUUUGCCUCUGACCUCUCUAGCCUUUUAUAACAUACAUGUACAUUAUUACUAAAUUCGUCUUGUGUAAAAAGGGGAAAGAAACAAAAGAGUGUAUUACAUUUGAAAACCAUACUAAACUCUCAACAGAAAUAAAUAGUAUUUUUCACUAA